AAACCUUCAGAAGUUUUAAAACAAACCCAUAAUUCUCUAAUCAAUGGCUUCAAUCAACUCCCUCAUUGUUGUUUGCUUCUUACUCUCUUUCUCCGCCAUUGUCUCUCAAGCUCGAGUGGCCAGGAAGGAUCUCGGCCUUGACCUUGGAGGACUCGGUGUUGGAAUUGGAACCGGAAUAGGCCUAGGCUUAGGUGGCAGUGGCUCCGGAUCCGGUUCUGGAUCCGGAUCCGGAUCCGGAUCUGGCUCCAGCUCAUCUUCAUCAUCAUCAUCGUACUCCUCGAGCUCAGGGUCCGGGUCCGGAGCUGGCUCUGAAGCUGGCUCUUACGCUGGGUCUCGGGCAGGCUCAGGGUCCGGGUCCGGAGCUGGGUCUGAAGCUGGCUCAUACGCAGGGUCUCGGGCAGGCUCAGCUUCUGGCCGAAACAGGAAUGGAGGGUCGGGAUCUGGCUCGGGAUACGGCGGAGGUUCGGGCAGAGGAAGCGGCAACGGCGGAGGAGAAGGAUACGGGGAAGGUCAUGGCUAUGGCGAGGGUCGCGGUUAUGGCGGAGGCAACUAAAAAAAUGAAAUAAAAAACAAUAGUUAUACGACGUCGUAUUGAUCUAGAUCAUCUUAGUUUUAUGUAUUUAAAUAAAGAUGAUGAUUCGUGUCAGUGUGCGUGUUUUAGUAGCCGUUAAAUUGUUCUAAGAUUUUCAUGUUUUUGUAUGUUUCAAACUAUAUUAAUGUAGACUUUUAUCAAUUUUAUAUGCCAAAUAUACCUCUUUUAAACCCUAUA